UCGAUAUAUAAAAGUAAUAGAACUGUUAUGUUUGUUAUGUACAUAUAUGUUUAUAAUAUUUGAAAAGAUCAUAAUAUUUAUGAUGUAAUAAUAUAAUGAUUUAUUCUUCUUUUUAGAAUCGUGCAAAUCCUUUUUGUGUCUCUGGUUUGUGCAGUAAGUAAUGUUUCUGUAAAGUAUCUGUUAUUAUAUCUUAUCUGCCCACAACACAAUAUGUAAGUUUCUUCAUUUACAAUAAUUUAGUGUUAAUUGUAUUAAUCAAUGUAACUUUCCAUCGUUUAAAAAUGAGUAAAAAUAUUAUUUUAUUUAAUUGAUCAUCGAUCAAAUUUUGAGAAUGAUCUUGUACAUCAUUCUAAAUAAAAAAUAUAAUAGAAAACUAUAAAAACUAACAUACUAAAAAACAUUCCAUUACUUAUAUCCUCUUUGUUGUAAAUUUUAUAAAUUGAUUUAUAAGUUUAUUGUAUCACGUACAUACACAGGUGGUAUUUAGUACUGGUCAUACAUUAUCAGCAUAUACCGUCAUAUGGUGCAUGUACAAUUGUUAUGACAAAGCUUUGAUUAUAGUCGAAAAAGCACUAGAUUGUAAUCCAUACAAUCCUGGAUUCAAUUUACUGAAAGCGAUAGUCUUGCGAUUAUCUGGUCGUUUCGAAGAAGCAAAUUUUUGGUUACAAAGUCUCAGCGACAAUUUCUACAAAUUAAUGGAACCGACAGUAGACAAAGAAAAAUCGCUCAUGGGAAAAAUUUCUAUUAGCGAAGCGAGGAAUCAGUUGAUCAAACAAUGAUACGAUAUGGCGAUGCAAUGCAUGUUGGACGAUAAACUCGACGCAGCAGUACGAAUUGUAUAUAAAAGUAACCUAGCCAAGCACUAUGCGGAACCGUAUAUAUUAUUAGGCGAUUACUUUCUGAAAAAUAAGGAUACCGAUACAGCACUGAAGUCGUACUUAAAAUGCCGCGAAAAGAUACGCGAGAUGGAGUAUCCGGUAUCUCAAAAGACGAUUGAUCUGACAAAACGAAUAAUCGAUAUUCUAAACGAUAAGGCAGAAAUGGCGGUAAAUAAGGGACAUUCGAAUCAGGCCAUAGAUAUAGCUACGCAAGCGUUUCAAAUACUCGAAGAAGAUAAAAUACCAUUGCAAGAAUUACGCUUACAGCGUGGUCGUAUCCUUCUUUAUAAGGCUCGUGCCCUAUUUCAGAUCGAGAAUAAACAGAAUAUGCGAAAGAAACGAAGCUGUGAAACUGCAGCUGAUAGUUUGCGAUUCGUUCGCGAACUAAACGCAGAUCUAUAUCAAACUUUGUAUAACGAUAGAGAUAUCGAAAGUGUCAUCGAUCGAUUUGCACCAACUCGGAAGCUGCCGCGAUCUUUGAAAAUCCUUAUGCAAUUUUCUUAAGAAAUAUUGUUAUACGGAUAUAUCUUAAAAGAAUUUUAAAGAAAGGUAAACUUAGAAUAUUUCAAUGAUUUGGAACUAUUAUUUCGAGGCUAAUAAAUUACGAAGAACUUAAUGAAACAGAAUGAAGCGAUAUUAAAAAUACUCAUCUGAUGCAAUAUUUUGAAAACGUUACUCUUGAAGAAGAUACCUGUAUCUCCUUUUAUCAGUGUCCUUGAUUGUAUUAUAGUAAACACAUAGCACGUAUUUAAAAAAAAAAACAUUCACAUUAAUGUAUUUUUUUUUACACAGAAUUAAAAUCGUAUCUGCAAUUGUAUGCUCUCAAUAAAAAAAAAGAUUGCAUAAGAUAAUAUUGUAUAUCUAUAAUAAUGUUUCUUAUUCUUUAUAACUAAACUAUUUAAAAAACUAUUCCUCUUUUUAUUCAUAAAUUUCUAAUAUCUCAUGCAGUAUAACUUUCGAUAAAGACAUUUAUAAAAUUGAUUAUACGAUUUUAUUUUAUUAUCGUAAGAUCAUCGUUAUUUUGUAAAUUCAUAUAUUUUGCUUUUCCAAUUCAUAUAUAUUAAAAGAAAAAAAUGUUAAGUACUACAGAUAAUUACGCAAGUGUCUUAUAUCAAAACACAUCCUAUCUGUAAUAAACUGUCUACCAACAUAAAAGUAUCAAUAUCCUGCAUGAUUUAUUAUUACAGUUUCCUGCAAAUAAUGCAAUACCGUUUCAAAUGUCAAUAUAAGAACAACCUACAUAGUAUCCAUGGUCAAAGAAAAGCUAACUGAUAUAUUUCUGUCUGUCUGAAGAUUAACGCGACCUCGGUAAUCUUGGGCCACAAUUUUACUCCGGUAUAAAAAGAGGCGCCAGUGCUUUAAAAUGCAGAUACAUUUUGUAACUUCAAUUCCACGGUUCUUUCUCGUAUAAUCAUACAAAUCAAACACAUCAUCAUGGAACAACGUUGGGCUGACAAAGUUGCUUUGAUUACUGGAGCCAACUGUAGCAGUGGCAAAUGCCUAGCAGAAUGUCUGGUUGGCAAAGGAAUGAAAGUUAUUGGCAUUGCCUCACAGGUUGACAAAGUAAAGGCACUUGCUGAGGAAUUAAAGUCGAAGCCUGGAAAACUCUUUCCUCUACAGUGUGACCUUUCCAAUCAGAAUGAUAUCCUGCGUGUUUUGGAAUGGGUUGAAAAGAAUUUAGGAGCCAUAGACAUCCUCAUCAAUAAUGCUGCUAAUAACAUAGAUAUCUCACUACAGUCUGGUGAAAUGGAAGACUGGAAGAAAAUGUUUGAUGUAAACUUCCUUGGAUUGACUUGGAUGACCAAGGAAGCUCUGAAGUUAAUGAAGAAGAAGGGAAUUGACAAUGGUAUUAUUGUAAACAUUAAUGAUGCUUCUUGGCUGAAAGCACCAAUUAACUGUGAUCGUCCAAUAUCCCCAGCUUACAUAGCCAGCAAAUUUGCUUUGAAUUUCUUGACAGAAAGUCUUAGAUCUGAAUUAGCACAACUUGAAUCUAACAUCAAAGUCAUUUCAAUUUGUCCUGGUUUGGUGGAGAGUGAGAUGACUGCUCAAUGGUUAAAGGAAAAUCCUCGUAUGGCUUUGAAACCCAAAGAUGUGUCUGAUUGUGUUCUCUUCGCGUUACAAUCUCCUGACUCAGUACUCAUCAAAGAAAUAGUUGUCUCACCAAUCCGUGAAGCGAUGUAAAAGAAAGAUAUCAUAUCGAUUAUUUUACUAACUGUUUAAUGUAAAACAUGAUAAUUAACACUUGUAAAUAUAACAAAUAAAGAUUUUUGCAAUAGGUACAUAUAUACCAAUCAGUCGCUCUUCAUAAAGUUUAAUAUUGCUUCAUAAGAUAUUUGUAUUGAUCAAAGGCUGUUACAAACAACUCAGAAUCAAGAAGAAAAAUAAUUUAUUCAUUGAUCGCGUAACAAAAAUAUGAUAAGAUAUAUGAUAAGAAAGAAAAUAAAAUUAUUAUAUUUAUGAAAUAAUAAAACUAAAUAUAUUAGAUAUAUAUAUAUAUCUAAUAUAUGUAGAAUAUUUGUAACAAAUAUUAAUUGCAAUAAUAUUAGAUACAACCGAUCUUACAAAACGAUUACUUCAUAAAUCCAAGCAACGGAACUCUGCUCUCCUAUUGAUCCUUAAUGGAUCAUCUGAACAGAACUGACAAUAGAUUAAUAAUAUCACAUUUUCUUCUUUUUCGUAUUACUUACCUAAAUUUCUUUGUUAUUAUAGACAUUGGGAAACAUUUCUUCACACUUUGUUAGUACCAAUCGAUUUUUAUUAUGCGUAAUAAACAUUUAAAUAAAAUAUUCUUUUUAACAUAAAAAAAGUAUACUUAGACCUUUCUUAUUAGGAAAUAUAUUUUUUGCUAUUAUUAAACUUGUAAUAUCAUGUUUUUAAUAUCAUGUAUUUCAUAUGAACUUUAGAAGAAAAUAAUUCGCGAAAGAGGGUGAAUCCAUACUCACGUAUAUUUCCCUCUUGCUUCCUUGUACAAAUCCAUGAAAAGAAAUGUAAAGUCGAUCAAUAUUAGUUGUGUACUAAAUUAUAAAAAUAUGUUACUUUUUUAACAAUAAACAUUAGUUGAGGAAAGGAAU